AUGGCCCAGUGUGUUCGUGUGUGUGCGCUGUGCUGGACCCUCACGGUGCUGGCAGCUCCUCUGGAGAACAUGAACUCCACUGACGGGCGGUAUAAACACCCGGAGCCCCCACGGGCCAUCCUGCAGAGGCAGAAGCGCAGCUGGGUCUGGAACCAGUUCUUCGUGCUGGAGGAACACACCGGCACAGACCCGCUGUACGUCGGCAAGCUGCACUCGGAUGUGGAUUCUGGCGAUGGGAGUGUACGGUACGUGCUGACGGGCGACGGAGCUUCAUCCAUCUUCACUAUCGAUGAGCGAACGGGUGAUAUUCAUGCCAGGAAGCGUCUGGACCGCGAGCAGCAGGGAUUCUACCGGCUGCGGGUUCGAGCGGAGCACAGACAGACCCGCAUCCUGCUGGAGGAUGAGAGCGAGCUUAUAGUGAAGGUGCAGGACAUCAAUGACAACCAGCCACGGUUUCUGGAGGAGGUGUACAGUGCAGCGGUGCAGGAGAACUCUCCGCCUGGUACUCUGGUGGUUCAGGUUUCAGCAACAGAUGCAGAUGAUCCCACUUAUGGCAACAGCGCCAGGAUCGUCUACAGCAUCACACAUGGACAGCCGUACUUCUCUGUGGAGCCCAGGACUGGCAUCAUACGGACAGCUUUACCCAACAUGGACAGAGAGCUGCGGGACCAGUAUGUGCUGGUCAUUCAGGCAAGGGAUAUGGAGGGUCAGAUGGGCGGCCUGUCCGGAUCCACCUCAGUGAUUGUCACACUCACUGACGUCAAUGAUAACCCUCCACACUUUACUCACAAGUGGUACGAGUUCUCUGUGCUGGAGUCAGCAUCUGUGCUGUCAGCGGUGGCCAAACUGAAGGCUGCAGAUGCUGAUAUUGGCUCUAAUGCAGAGCUGGACUACAGUAUAGUAGACGGAGACGCAGCCGGAGCUUUCAGUAUCAGCACUGAUGAAGAGACACAAGAGGCAGUUAUUAUUCUACAGCAGGCUUUGGACUAUGAAACUAAAAGCACUUUUUCUCUGAAGAUUGAAGCCACGAAUCGAAACAUUGACCCUCAGUUUUUGACCUUUGACCCCUUCAGUGAUACGGUGACUGUAAAGAUUGUUGUAGAAGAUGUAAAUGAGCCGCCAUUGUUCUCUACACUCAUCAGUCACUUUCAGGUUUCUGAGGCAGUGAAGGUUGGCACCGUCAUCGGUACAGUUUCAGCCCACGACCCAGACUCCUCCAGCUCUGCCAUUGGAUACUCUAUAGACCGUAACACAGAUCUGGAGCGCUUCUUUGAUGUGGACGUGGUGUCUGGAGUUGUCAGCACAGCCAAACCGCUGGACAGAGAAGCAGAAUCACUGCACAACAUCACCAUAAUCGCCUCGGAGAACUUGUAUCCAUCUCAGGUUAGCUGGGGAUUGGCUGUGAUCUCCGUGUUGGACAUUAAUGAUAACGCUCCAGAGUUUGCCAUGCAGUACGAGAUGCUCUUAUGUGAGAAUGCUGCACCUGCACAGGUUAUUCAGACGAUCAGUGCUGUGGAUAAAGAUGAUCCUCCUGGCGGCCAUCGCUUCUGUUUCUCUCUGGACUUCUCUGCUGCCAAUAAUAACAACUUCACCCUGCGAGAUAAUAAAGAUAACACGGCUUCAGUGUUGACUCGGCGCUCUGGUUUCCGGCGGGUGGAUCAGCCGCUGUACCUGCUGCCAGUGCUGAUGGUGGACAGUGGCCAUCCGGCACUGAGCAGCACACACACUCUGUCUGUGCACGUGUGCGAGUGUGAUGAGGACGGGUUUGCUCAGGUAUGUGGGGCUGCGCCAUCCUCCAACACACCGCUUCAUCUACACCUCUGCUACACCUUUAUCCUGACCUGCAGCCUCACACUGCUAGCGGUGAUGCUGUGGAGGAUGCUGAACAGAAGGAAAGCUCCUCAUCUGGAGGACAAGCGCAGCACCAGGGAGAAUACAGUCCAGUACGAUGAUGAAGGCGGUGGUGAAGAGGACACAGAAGCGUUUGAUAUGGCUGCUCUGCGAAAUCUCACUGUCAAACAGGACACAGAGCUUCAGGAAGAAACAGCGCCGGUGUAUCCCGCUUCAUUCUUCAAGACCCUUCCAGACACAGUUUUCCAGCAGUGUUUGUGCAGCCGGCUGGCGGUGGUGGACUCGGACCCCUCUGCACCACCGUGGGACUCUCUGCAGUCGUAUAUGUUUGAGGGCUGCGGGUCGCUGGCGGAGUCUCUGAGCUCGCUGGACUCGACCUGCUCAGACUCACAGCAGAGUUCAGGAGAUCUGCAGCGCUUCAGGACACUGGCAGAGCUGUACAGAGACCCCGAGCACAGCGGCAGAUCCUCUGAGCUGUAA